AUGGCUGGAUUGCACAGGCAGAAUUGCAGCCAUGCAGCAAGUAUGAACUCAAUCAUAACUAUAAGUUACAGCAAUGGUGCAAACCCGCGGAGCAAAGAGGAAGCCAAUGCGAAGAUCCAGUCUCAACUUCUCAAGCAAGUUCAACUUAGCAAUAGUGGAAUUGUCCCAACCAUCGAAGCCAUAGCAAACGAGAGGAUGAUGAAUGAGCUGAUGGGGGGUGGCCCUGUCGGAAGUUUUAGCUUAAUGUUCGGUGUUGGGAGCAUCCGUCGAAUUAGCUUUAGAAGGUGGGGUGUGGUGGGGGAACUGUCUUAA